AUGCCGGCAUCGGGGCCGCUGCCGCUCGGCGAGGGGGGCGCCCCGGAGCUGCUGGAUUGGGGAUCAAUCCACGACAAGGACGGAGCGUUUGGCCACCUCUCUGCUGCGAGAAAGCUUCAAGAUCCAGAUCCAGCGUGCCUAGACGACGAGCUAUCAUCCGCGGAGAAAGUCGGAGGCGGGGAGGAGCCGGCCUAUGCAGCUGAGGUCGCAGACACCAUUACUGCGCCAGCUUGCGCGGGCGCUAAUACUGAUGCCGCUGCUCCCCUCCCGGACCGGAAGGGCAAUCUUCAUGCUGUCGUGCUGCAAUCCCCGGAGAAGCUGGAAUCACCAAUGCGGCAAGCCGGCUCUGCGCCCUACCCAGACCUGCCGCUGCCUGAGCCAAAGGAACCGGUAGGGGAUGGGGCGUGUCUAAAAUCCGGCGCGAGUCACGACCCCCCUCCGGAUCCCUCAGGCACGCGACCUCCACCUGCGGGACAGGACCUGACGGAGACGGACAUCAUCAAUGGCGAGCGGGGGACGGACCGCCGGUCGCUGCACACGGAGGGCGCCCGUCCGGACAUCAAUGGCUCUGCUGAGCGCGCAGAGGAUGGGGCCAUUAACUCCUCCGCCGCGAGGGCGACGACCACGGCGACGCACAACCACCCCAAGAUCCAGCUGCUCGGGUUAAUGCUCCAUCGCGUCACCAUCAUCAGAGGCCACGCACCAUAUGGCGCCCUCUGCGCCUCUUCGGCGAACCAGCGCCACCGGCGGGCUAUAAAACCUCCCUAUAAAACCUCCUUCGCCGGUCGCUGCUUCAGAUGCCUGGGCAAAGACCACAAGUUAGGCGACUGUAGAGAUCCCCUGAGGUGCUUGGCGUGCCGCCGCAAUGGCCACCUAGCCAAGCACUGCCCGGAGAAGAAAACAGGCCUUCACCGUCCACCAAUCCAUUCUCGCCUCAAAUUCCAAAAGCCACCAGCCAAAUCCCGCCUACACUUCCAGAAGCUGGACCUGCACAGCCGCAUUGUCUUCCCUGCCCUCCAACGGCGGGAGGGUGAACCACCGGCUACUGGACCAGUGGAGUGCAGCACCGCUACGACCUCGGACGAAGACUCGACGAUGGCCUGGUAUCCGGGGAUGCCGGAGAACCGCCCAACCGCGGGCAGCGCAGUGCUGAUCACCUCGGUCACCAUGACCCAGGAGGCCACCAGGCUGCGUACCAAGGUCGUGGUGCUGGAGGCACGCGACAAGACGCAGCACAUCGACACCUGCAUCGGCGACGUCACCAGGAUCCUUGCGGGCUGUGUUCGCAUGCCGCCCUGCGAGAUGCGCACGACGCGCCACCACCCGGAGGAUUUCAGGAUCGUUUUCAAGCACUCGCACCACAGGACGCUGGCGCUGCGGGUCGGCGGCAUCCGGGUCAUGGGAGUCGACUUCAACAUUCUCCCAUGGCGCGAGGAGACCACCGGUAGGGACGCCACCUGGUGGUCCCAUGUACGCAUGGCCAUCGAGCAUCUGCCUGGACCCGCCUGGAACAUUGAGGCGCUCCAGGAAGUGCUUGGUGAAGCUUGCCUCGUCGACACCAUUGACCGAGCCACCUACCGCCAGCAGGACUCCGACAUCAUCUACUGUUGGGCAUGGAUGUGGUUCCCUGACCAACUGCCAAGGACCAAGACGCAGCGGCCAAGACCCCCUCCCCCGGCGUCCAGGCGUUGGGGUGGUGGCGCCACACACGACGACGAAGCACACAAGGAAGAUGGAGACGGGGGCCGCGGUAGGCGGCUUUCGCGGGACGAGCACCCCUCGCCCCAUGGCGGUGACCCAAUGCGCCGUGAGGACUCUGACUGGGAGCAGCGCAGAUCGUGUUCCCCUAGGGCGAAGGCGAGGCGCGCACGUGAUGAGACUGCGGGUGGAGCACUGAGUGGCGACCUGGGCUCUACUCUGCUUGCGGGGGCUCUUCCGAGCGCCCAUGGGGCGCCACCGCCACCGCCCAGACACCCUGACCCCAUGAUGGACUUCUACAAGGAGACGUGUACUGGUGACAUCUGGCUAGCCCUCGCCCGACCAUAUGAUGACUAUGACCCCAUGAUUGGCGAGGCGAUGGCGGCGUGUGCUGAGGCAAUGCAGAGGCCUCUGCCUUUCUCACCUCCUGGGGGUCCUCCGGUGACCGAGUUCGUUCCCACGGGGUGGGACAAGCUGCAGGAGCUGAACGAGGAGGCUGCUGCCCUGGGUCUCGGAAACGUCAUCCAUUUUGUCCCCGGGGUCGCUGAACUGAUACUGGAGGAGCGCAGGAGUUCCAUUGUCGACAGCAUGUUUGUUCCCUGUGAGCAGCCAAUUCUAGAGACGCCAGCACCUCAACAGCCUAAGAGCAAGGCUACAGGCAGGGCGAAGAAGGGGCAUACUGCAACAGGAGGCUUGAGGAGGAGCACCAGACAACAGGCGAAGAUCUGCUCUGUGCCGGUCUCCAAGCGCACAACACACCGCCUCAUCAAGGCAUUUGAGAUGGUUGGACCAAGGGAGCCGAUUGGGGAGGAGGCACUGGAGGCCUUCGCCAAGAGCUUUGGCACGCCGCUCUCCCCAGAGCAGAUUGCUUUACAACUAUCAAGGUUAUAUCUUCAGACACCUUUCCUAAUGACUACAUGUUAUGGACCUACGGAUGAUGGCAGAAAAGAUGAGUUCCUUGCUGAAUUGAUGGCUAUCAGGCCGCCAGCUACUAUUCCAUGGAUCAUUGUAGGAGAUUUCAACCUCAUCUAUCAGGCCAGCGACAAAAACAACCUGAACCUCAAUAGAAGAAUGAUGGGAAAGUUCAGACGAGCAUUAGACGAAUGUGAGCUCAUGGAGAUUGCACUGCAAAACAGGAAAUACACGUGGUCCAAUGAAAGAGAGAGCCCAACCUUGGUAAGAUUGGACAGGAUGUUCUGUAAUCAUGGCUGGGAGGCUGCCUUCCCAAACUUCGCGCUCAAUGCUCUGGCAACGGGUGCUUCAGAUCACUGCCCGCUGUUCCUGACCCGUCAAGAACGCACAGUCAGAAAGGCGGCUUUCAAAUUUGAAAACCACUGGCUAAAGAUUGAUGGGUUUAAGGAGGUUGUGACAGCAGCAUGGAAUAAACCACAAUUUGGCUCAGCGCACAAUGUACUAAACAAGAAGAUGGUAGAAACGGCUACGGCGCUAUGCAACUGGAACAAGAAGCUGUUCAGCAAUGCGAGGCUACAGCUGCACAUUGCAAAUGAGGUCAUAUUUAGACUGGAUAUCGCUCAAGAAGUCAGGCAACUCACAGUAGGGGAAAUCAGCUUAAGAAGUGACCUCAAGGUUAGAAUCUUGGGCCUAGCAGCAUUAGAGAGAAGCAGAAGGCGACAGGCAUCCAGAAUCAAUUUCAUCAAAGCUGGGGAUGCUUGCACGAGAUUUUUUCACCUUAAGAUGGCAGCUAGGAAAAGAAGAAAAUAUAUUGCAUCACUGAAAAACCAAGGCGGCUCCUUGGUCUGGUCAAACAAUGAUAAACAACAAGUCCUGCAGGAGUACUUUGAGAAUUUGAUUGGGAAAAAGCAGGACAUUGCCUGCAUCAUGGAGAUCAUGAACGCGUUUGGUGCAGCCACUGGACUGAAGAUCAACAUGCAAAAGAGUACCAUAGCGCCGAUUAGGUGCUCUGGACUAAACAUGGAAGAUAUAUUGCAUGACUUCCCGGGGCCAAGAGUAAAUUUCCCAAUACAAUACUUAGGCCUACCUCUCACACUUGGAAGAAUUAAAAUGGUGCAUCUGCAGUACAUCCAAGACAGAGCAAAGGGAAGAGUAGCAGGCUGGCAGGGCCGAUUACUGAGUGUGGCUGGCCGAAGAGAACUGGUGCGCUCUGUGCUCAGCUCAAUCCCGGUCUAUUUGCUGACGGUAGUAAAAGCACCCAAAAAUUUCCUAAAAGAACUAGACAAACUGCGUAGACGAUUUCUAUGGGCAGGAGACAAGGAGCUUACAGGAGGAAAUUGUAAGGUGGCAUGGACCAAGGUGGGUGUCUGGAUCAGUGCAGCACAUCUGAGGCCGGUGAACUGGACCCAAACUGAAGACAUGAGCCAAUGGUAUGCUGAUAUGGGAGACAAGGGCCCAAAAGCUACAAGAAAUGGUGUGCGUUCAAUGAUUAUGCUGACUACCUGGGAACUAUGGAAGGAGAGGAAUAACCGAGCUUUCAACAGAUCGUCAAGAACGCCGGAGCAACUUUUCAGAGUGAUACAGGAUGAAGCAAAGAACUGGCUGCAUGCUGGAAAUAGAGGUCUAGAGCUGGUGCUGCCGCAAACGGCUCAGCUAGUCGUUAAUGAUCAUAUCCAUAUGUUGCCCGGCAGGAGUUUCGCGAGCAACGAGCAUGUCUGUCUGUGCAACGCGCACCUCGCCGGCAGCAAAGCCUUCCCCCGCGCGAUCCUGUCCAAGUCAAUCGUCUGCAUCCCGGUUAUGGGUGGCGUGCUUGAGCUGGGUACAACUGAUACGGUGCCGGAGGACCCGGACUUGGUCAGCCGAGCAACCGCAGCUUUCUUGGAGCCGCAAUGUCCGACAUACUUGCAAGAGCCGAGCUCCAACCCGUCAGCAAGCGAAGCCGGCGAGGCCGCAGUCAUUGUUGUGUUCGAGGACCUCGGUCACAAUGCCAUGGAGACGAUGACUGCCGCCGGGGGACACGGACAGGAGCUAGGAGAAGCCGAGAGCCUGUUCAAUGCAAGCCUGGAGCACAUCACGAAGGAGAUCGACGACUUCUACAGCCUCUGGGAGGAAAUGGACGUCGUCCCCGAAGCCACCGCCGUCCCGGGGGCUACUACUAACAACGCUGCCGACACCUCAUCAAGCGCACCAGUUGACGGCUCUCGCGCGACCAGUUUCAAGGCUUGGACGAGAUCGCAGUCGUGCUCCGAUGAAGUGGCGGUGCCGGUCAUCCAAGAGCCCCAGAAAUUGCUGAAGAAAGUGGUGGCCGGCGGCGGAGCUUGGGCGAACUGUGGUGGCAGGGGCACGACGGCAACAGCACAGGAAAUAAGUGGCAUCAGGAAUCAUGUCAUGUCACAGCGAAAGAGCCGAGAGAAGCUCAAUGAGAUGUUCCUCGUUCUCAAGUCAUUGGUUCCGUCCAUUCACAAGGUGGACAAAGCGUCGAUCCUCGCCGAAACGAUAGCCUACCUCAAGGAGCUUCAGCGAAGGGUAGAAGAGCUGCAACCCAGUAGGGAACUUCUGUCGCGCCCAUCCGAAACGACAGAAAGGCCUACAACUACAAGGCCCCGUGGCAUUGGCAAUGAGAGUGUCAGGAAGAAACUCUCUGCGGGCUCCAAGAGGAAGAGCCCAGAGUUCGGCGGUGACGUGGAGAAGGAGCACCCCUGGGUCUUCCCCAAGGACGGCACCAGCAACGUCACCGUCACCGUCUCGGACAGGGACGUGCUCCUGGAGGUGCAAUGCCGGUGGGAGGAGCUCCUGAUGACACGGGUGUUCGACGCCAUCAAGAGCCUCCAUUUGGACGUUCACUCGGUUCAGGCUUCGGCACCAGAUGGCUUUAUGGGCCUCAAGAUACGAGCUCAGUUUGCUGGCUCCGGUGUCGUCGUGCCCUGGAUGAUCAGCGAGGCUCUUCUUAAAACUAUAGGGAAGCGAUGA